AGUGUCUUACCAGAAGAUUGAGUUCCUCACUUACACCACAGGGCCGCCGCGCCAUUUCAUAGAGGAUCAUGCGUGAAUUCAGGAUAUGUGCCAACCUCAAUCAUCCAAAUAUUCUACGCAUCUAUGGUUAUACCCAUGGCUUCGGCCCAUUUCCAGCAAUAGUCAGUCUUUGGGCGGAGAAUGGUAACUUGUCGCUCUAUUUGGAGCGUGAGGGUGCAGCUUUAACUCUUGUUCGACGAUUCAAACUGCUAACAGAUAUCAUAGCUGGUCUACGUUACCUCCACGCCAACAAUAUCAUCCAUGGCGACUUUAACGGGCCUAACGUGUUGAUCCAUGGUGAUGGCACUGCGUGUAUUGCUGACUUUGGCCUUUCCUUGAUGUACUCCGAGUUCAUAAGCGCCUCUCAGGCUUCCUACACGUCCACGCUCAAAGGAAAUGUGCGAUGGAUGGCUCCCGAGCUGCUCGUAGAACGGGAGGAUGGCUCUCAAGUUCGGCCAAGCGAGCAGAGCGACAUGUAUUCAUUCGGUGGUGUCAUGCUGCAGGUGCUCACCAACAAAGUACCCUAUUAUCACCUCACAAACGAUGGUACCAUCACGCUCUGCAUAGCCAAGUCGCAAACGCCCUCUCGAUCUCGUUAUCCUGAGCUCCCCGAACAAUACUGGCCAUUCAUAGAGCAAUGUUGGUCUACUAAUCCUUGGGGCCGUCCUUCGGCGGAUGGAGCUGAUGAAGCGAUCAGGAAUGAAUUUUACUCGCUGUCUCGUUGAUUCUUGACUAUCUCGCGUUCAGAAAUUAUUUACAAUGGAUAAAAUGAGAUACGCCUGUGUAUUAAACAUAGGCCUACUCCAGUAUUCUCUAGUGACACCCACGCCGCAAUGGGGUUGGUUGCAGUCGUUGGAGUCGGGAGAAUCAUUGUCGUCGACGAAAAAUCAUUCUCUUCGCGAAUUCUGCUAUGAUCUAAUUUAGCAUCCAGGAUUGAUGCAGG